CUCGCUCGGUAUCUUAUCAAUGGCGGCGGAGUUUGUUGUUUGACUUUAAUAUUCCUCUAAAAUCGAACAUGUUAAAACCACUCAGCAUUUGCGAACAACACAGCGUCGCCAGGCAAGCGAGCUUUCCCCCCGCAAUGAACUCUGGUCCGUCAAUGGCGAGAAUCGCCGCUCUGCGUUGUUUUUACGGCCUCGCGGCUGUGGCUGUGGAGGAGCUGCAGACGGUCUGGGGUGAGGUGAGUCUAUUAUCUGUUGCAGGCAGGAAGGAGGAGGGUGCUGGAGGACAGGCGGGGGUCCUUCCCAGACUCACUGGAGCCUGGCUCUAACAGCCUCAUUGAGACUGAAUGGGACGUCUUAAUUACUCCAGUUGUGAAAACUGAAGGAGGGGAUGCAGCACGCUUUGAUCUUCAGGUUGGGGAAGGCUGCUAUAAAUGCGGCCCCUGCUUUGAGACACAAUCAUAACUCUCUGACCUUUACAAGGGACCAACCUGAGGAGAACCUUCCUCUGACCUGGACUCUGAGCUGAGCUUCACUUUUCAUUCUUUUUUUUUUUUUUUCAUUUUUAUGAAUCAAAAAGGUUUUUGUUCUUUCUUACUGAGAAACUUUAACCUUCAUCAAGCAUGAAGGGUCAUUUCUCCAUCGAGUGGCUGGCCCAGAGCAGCAAGCCGGCGGGGCCAGCAUCCGGGCCCGCAGCUUGGGGGACGCAUUCGGAGAGUCUGCCGGGUUUUUACUGCAAACCAAAACCUGAGAAGAUUCCAGAACCGGAGCAGCAGCAGCACAUGGACACCAUCAGUCAAGAAGCUCCUCAGCUCCGAAAGUCUCCCAGGAAUCAGGGAAGUGAGGCCGGUUUCAGCAGCAGCACCGAGGAGGAGACCUCUGGCUAUGAGAGCGAAGGCGGUCAGCCUCAUUCCCCCUCUCCCCACGCUGACAGCGCCUCCUGCAAGUCUCCAGCGUCGCCCCCGGUGGGCAGGAGGCCCCGCACGGCCUUCACAGCGGAGCAGAUCAGCAGCCUGGAGGGGGCGUUCAAGAGGAACGCGUACCUGGGAACGCAGGACAAGGCGGAGCUCUGCAAGAAGCUCAACCUCUCUGACAAGCAGAUCAGGAACUGGUUCCAGAACCGGCGGAUGAAGCUGAAGAGGACGGUGCAGGACGCCCUGGCCCACGCCUGCCAGGCCAACGUUACAUCUCACUUCCUGCAUUACCCCGAGCUGCAGGCCUACAGGCCCGGCCCGUACCCCAGGCACCACCCGGCUGCCGCCGCCGCCGCCGCCGUGGUGGUGCCGGACCCCGACGCCCCGGCCACCUACGUUCACCCUCACAGCCUUCAGUACAGCUCGCCUCUGUCCAGCACCUCCGCUCUGCCCCUGGACUCCGUCUACGAGUACAGCAGCCUCCCGGGAGUCAUGCUGCCCUCUCACCUCAGAGGAACCUACCCACCGUACCCCCAGUACUACUGAUCAGUGAGGCUGGAACCAAAUUUAGAACCAUCAGAUUUUGUAAUUUUUUAGCAAAACUACUGAAGUCAUCCUGUUAAUCAUAUGGAUGCACCGAUCCACUUUUUUCACUUCUGAUACCGAUAUCUGAAGUUAAGUAUGGGCCGAUACCGAUCCAGUGCAGCUGAUAUCGACUUUAAACAUUUUAUUUUUUAUUUUUUUGAACUCAGACAUAAUUGUAGUGAAUUACAAACUUACUUGAUAACUCAGCACCAGUACAGUACACAAAAACACACCAACAAACACGUAAAAACAACUUUUAAUCUGUUCAGUCAGUGCAGUUGUGAGUAUAACAGCCAAUUUAACAUAAAUAAUAAAGAAACUGGACACUAGGCAGACCAUCUUGGUCAAACAUGUAAAAAAUAAACUGAAAUAAACUUUCUUUCAAAUGGUUUCUAUUUUGCGACUACUAUCGAUAUUAAUGUUAGGUCAGUGCAUCUCUAGUUAAUCAUAGACUUUUAAUAACCUAAAGCUCCAACCUGAACUGGGUGGCGUGCAAUAAUGUGAACAGUGUGUGUGUGUGUGUGUGUGUCUGUGUCUACAGUUUGGAUCUAUUUAAAACUGGACCGACGAAGCUGUUUGUUUAGAGUGGAGUGUUAUUCUGACUGUGAAAAUACAUUUAAAUAAAGAAAAAUUCUCGCUUGUGUUCGGUGUGAGCAGCUCCUGAUAGAGUUCCUCAGCAGAGUGAAGGUAGGCUCUAUUGUGCAGGUGUGUUUCUUUAUUAUGCUGUGAUUUAUGUUAAAGCUACGGUACGUAACUUUUAUUUUUAAAAAAGGCAUACAUUCUUUACACAGUUGUUAAAACUAUCACUUUGUCGUAACAGCGUGGUAUGUGUUGCGUGGGGUGGGGAAAUCAAGUUCCUUUUAUAUGAGUUUCAUGGCCAAAAAUGUCUCUGAAAACUGAGCCGUAAAAGAGGCACAACCAGGACAGAUACUUUUUAAACAUAUGAUCACAUUUGUCCAGAAGAAAUAAAGUCAUCUGAAAAUGUCAAAUUGUGAUGUUUGCUUGUUUUCGCUUUGUUUGCACUGAGAACAGAAGGCAUCAGUUGGUAGCACUGAUGCCAGGGCCGGUCCAAGCCUUUUUGGGGCCCUAAUAGAUUUUUACAUGGCCCGCCAUAUCAACUUCAAAUCUUCUAUUUUUUUUAUAACUGAACAAAAAACAACGUAAUAAUCUAAAACCACCAAAACAGUUUAUUUAAAAACAAGGCUGAAAACACCCACCUGUUUUGUUAGUUACCUUUGAUUAGUAGAAAGUGAAACAUUGACCAAUAUAUUUGAUGUAUAUUUGCCUGAUAAUUUUGUUGAUAUUUGACAAAAUGUAAUGUUUAUUGCUUGUUUCAUAAUUCAUCAUUAUAAUGUUUUCAUUAUGUAAAGCACUUUGAACUGCCCUGUUGCUGAAAUGUGCUUUACAAAUAAACGUGACUUGAGCUAGACUUAAAUUCAGUGUUUCUACUGUGAGAGCUCUUGUCAAUUUGACUUUCUGCAUUUUACUAAACCACAUUUUAGUUGUCAUUUAGUCUUACAGAGGAUGCUGUCACACUUCACUGGGAAGAAGUGGAGGGUCUGGUGGAUAAAGAGUAUACAAUACCGACAUCCACUGGCAGAAUCGGGUAAUGCAACAACAAUGUAGCAACACCAUGGCUUAGAAAACAAGUGUAAAAAAAAUCUUCCCAUUUGAUGGUUACUUAUAUUUGCAAUAGUUAAUAUUACAAGCAUUAGUUAAAGAACUGGAUAGUCACGUCAUGUUAUUAUUGAAGAAGAAACUAUUUCUCCUAUUAUUCAAAAAAGUGUUUUAAAAGUUAAAAAAAUAUGUUUCACAAUUAUUGUGAUUUUAUAACUAUAAUAAAAUAAAAUAAAAAGUUUUGAAAAAAGUACCUAUUCACUGACAUAACUUCGACUGUUUUGUGGACCAAUGGCUGACCAGCCAUGUUAAAGAUGAACGAUAGCAGGCAAAUUUAUUGACCAAUAAAAACACGCCAUAAACUCGCGAAGUUGUCGAAGA